AGGAGUGCGGUCCGUGGAAAAACAAAACCCCGCAUAACAUCAAAACCCGCAUUUUACAGCCAACUACCGCCCGGAAUCCGUUUUUCUGUGUCGGAUUUUACGUUUCGCAGCGACAGACGCGGGUUUUCGCCGCUCUUUGGGGCCUUGCGGGCGGUGUUGUUUAUCUGUAGUAAGGGGGGGCUUGAAACCGACCUCCCUUGCCCCAUUUCCUCGGUUGUUUUCCUUCUUUCGCCUGGAUUCUCCAUGUUGUUGGUGCAAAAGUGACGGCGGAGGGGGGCAGCUCGGCGGCUAUCACCACCCAAUAGUAACGGUACACCCGAGGAGACGGAGCGGGCAGAGAGUCGGAUAACCUCCGGGAAACAUAUCCAAGUGCCUCGCCCCCCUCGCCUCCUCCUUCCUCCCGAGGCAGCCGAUUGAAGAACAAGAAGCAUCGGUGUGGAGAAGAAAGAAACCAGGCAGGGACGAGAUAAAUCCGGACCGUAACUGAGGCGGGUCACACGGACGGCAGCCUCGGUGAAUACUGCUGCUAGAGUCGCCUUAUCAAAACAAAAACAAAAAACCCCAAUGAGGGACGCCCAUCAUCAGUGCUCGGGGACAGGAUUUGAGGAUUUUGAGGGCUCCGUGAUUGUCAGAUGGAAAGUUCUGUUAUCACCCAAGUGCAGAAAGAAGACGUCCAAGUGUCACCGAAAGCAGGCCAGGUGAGCCGCUCUGCCCUGAAACAGCCUCGGAGUUGUAACAUCUUCAAAGCCCUCUUCUGUUGCCUCAAAGUCCAGGAUGGACCCAAACCACCUCAGCCGCCACUGCCGCCACCUUCCCAGCAUGCCCUGCUGGAGUCACAGGAAAAUGGGACGGUUGUCAAGCCAUCAGAAGUUAGCCUGCUGCCUGAGCUGAAGGCCGAGGACCAGGGGAAGGUCUGCGUGGUCAUAGACCUCGAUGAGACCCUGGUGCACAGCUCCUUCAAGCCCAUUAGCAAUGCAGACUUCAUCGUGCCGGUGGAGAUAGAGGGGACCACACACCAGGUGUAUGUCCUGAAGAGGCCGUACGUGGAUGAGUUCCUGCGGAGAAUGGGAGAAAUGUUUGAAUGUGUGCUGUUUACAGCCAGUCUUGCUAAGUAUGCGGACCCAGUGACGGACCUGCUGGAUCAGGGCAGCGUGUUUCGGACUCGGCUGUUCCGCGAAUCCUGCGUGUUCCACCAGGGCUGCUACGUGAAAGACCUGAGCCGCCUGGGCAGGGACCUGAACAGGACCCUCAUCCUGGAUAAUUCCCCUGCCUCAUACAUCUUCCACCCUAAUAAUGCUAUUCCCGUGGUGUCAUGGUUUGACGACGCGGACGACGCCGAGCUGCUCAACCUGCUGCCCGUGUUCGAGGAGCUCAGUAAGGCCGAAAACGUCUACACCCGGCUGGACCAGCUCCGGGAACAGUAGUUCUGCUCCUCAUUAGUCUGCAUUCGCCGAGAAAAAGACGGCGCCGCGUUUUACCUUCGCACUCACGUGCAGCUGGUUUGGGGAUCUAGCCCAAACUUGGCGAUCAUGACAACCACUUCUAUUUUUCUUUUUUAUUUUAAUAAAAGCACUACAAGAAAAGACUGGGAAUUAACCAAAGCCAUCCCAUUACAAUCACUCCAGCUGGUUUAAAUAUGAAAGUGGAUCUUUUGCCAAAGCAGACGUCUGCCUGCCCUCACUGGACUUUUGGAUAUGGUUUGCUUUAUUGUGCCUUUUAAGGAACAAGAGUGAAAAAAAAGUUUUUUUAAUUCCACCAGAUUUUUAUACAUUUAUAGAUUCCUUUUUUAUAUAAGGAAGUCUAUUUUUAAAUGGUGAACAUUGUUUCUCUAUGCAACCCAGUUCGGUAAUAACAUGGUGUACCUCCUGCGGUCGACAGAUAUGCGGUUCUGCGAAAAGGUCUUUGCCCCCUUUACAGAUUUCUUCUGCUUUUCUUCUUAAAUAUUUCAGAUCAUCAAAAAAAAACUUUAUUAUUAGACAAAAACUAUUUUUAUAUGAUAAUUAUUGAGGGAAAAAAGCUUUCCAAAUUCCUUUGGUCCAACAUUUAUGAAAUUAUCGGUGAUUAAUCAUAUUUUUUAGGUUUAAUUUCACUAGCAAUACAUUUUAGAAUUGAGGAAUUUAAAUAGUGUUUGUCUAACGACACAAAGUAGGUCAAAAAAUCACACAUUAUGCCCUGACCUAAACAUAAACAAUCCCUGACACCUAUCGGUUUGGAAAAGGUUACAAUGCCUUUUUUAAAGAUGCAUGCUUUAACCAAACUAGAAAGUUUGGUUCGUUUGUGGAAAUGUGAAUGCGAAAGCGAACUCUGGUCUGCCGAAAAACCUAUGUCUGGGUUCGGUUGACGUGAACUCUGGGCUGGAGACCGCUCCACAAAUGGGAAGCAGGCUAAAGCACAGGGCAUUCUGGGUAAAUACAACCAAAACAAAUGCGCAAUGUUGCAAUUUUGGUCCCCAGUCGAACCGAGUCUACCAGAUUCUCAGGAGUUAAACGCCCUCAGGCUAAAGGACGAUAUCCAUGGAUGAAGAAAACAUGGGUCAGAAAUAUGAUCAUCCAAUGGCUUCAUCCUGGAUCGUCAAGCCAAAUGUUGCCUGGGCCAACUGUUUUCCACUGUAAAAAAAAAAAAAAUCACUGCCAGUUAUUAAAAACGCUUUAUUUAAACUUAAUGAGUCUCCCUACACUCACUACUGCACACCCCCUUUGUUAAACAUAGACAUAUUUGGUAUCCAUGGCGACGUCAGACUCUUGGCUAGGAGCUGAUAAAAAGCGUUUGAGUUUAUUCCCUAAGACAAAUGUCAGUGAUCAGGAACCUUCAUCAAAAAGACAUUCUUGAAAGUUCUGGUAGUGUACAAAAAGCUACAUUUUUGUGAUUUUUUUUCAGUAAAAUGUGCCUGAAUUUCUUGGUAAUUUUUCAUUUUUUUACACAGGAUUUCCAUAAAAUACCCUUCAAGUGGAGUCAAAUAUUAGAAUUUCUUAUUGUUUUACUACAAUUGGGGGGAAAAGAAAGAUAAAUGUUUUUAGACAUGUAAAAUCCCCAGUUUUGUAGCUAUUAUUUCACUAAAACUUCUGUACUUUUUUUUUUUAGUUUACCUGAGCUGCAUCAAUCUUUGCACAGGUGGAUCGGUGAUUUGCAGGAGUCUAUAGCCUUGUUUAUAUUUUUAAAAUGUUUCUAUGCUAUAUAAUGUAAAAGAUACAAAUUAUUUAAUAUUCCAGUCUUCUAAAGCUAUUACAGCUGCUGUGAUUCUUACACCUCUGGUGGAGUCUCCCAAGUGUUGGCUUCAUUAAGAUAUCGAUUAUUGAAUGAUUAUUCCAGCUGUUUCAGCAGAGGAUGAAGAUCUGAGAUGAAGAAGCAAAAACUGGAGAAGUCUUUUAAGGGGGCGAAUACUUUUUAUGGAACUGUAAAUGUUGCUGUAUGCUUAUUUACAUCAAAUCAAAGUGGAUUCUACUCAUUUGUGCUGUAAACAAACUUUUUUUUUCCCAAACAUGCAAUAUAAAUAAUCGACGUUCAAAUUGAUGUAGUUGGGUUAACGGGCGAAGAUCUUUGGUCCGAUGUAAACAGUUACACUGGAUAAGCUGGCACAUAGGAUGAGCGUAAACGUUAAGAGUUUUCAGACAAUACUUCAUUUGUUACUGUGUUUUUCUUUCUUUCCAAAUGACAAACAGCUUGCACUUGUUUUAUAUCGACAGUGCUGAAAGUAAAAACUGUGCCUUUUGGAAACGAAGGGACAGAGAGAAACGCCUGAACAGAGAUUUUGGAGGCCUGCACACUCCCUGGUGUCAUGCUGAGCGUGAGAAAAAACACUGUCAGGAGCAAACAGGUGGGGAUGCCAGCAGCUCUGGUACUUACAGUGCAACACUUGAAGCUAUCAAAUUUGAUAUUUUGAAAUUGCUAAGUGUUUUUUCUAUAUAUAUUUAUUGGCCAAAAUAAACUUGUAAUUGUCCAGGAUUUCUUAAUGCGCAACAUUUUAUAUUGUGAUCCAUUUUGCCUGUACUGAGGCUGGCCUUGUGUUUUACUGUUUAUCUGUGCCUAUAUAACACCUUUUGCUGAUGGAAUGAUCUUCAACCUGUUCAAAUAUAAUUUACAGAACAAUUAUGUUUGUUCUGUAACAAAUCUGUGCUUUCAUCAUGUUUUCUAUUCAUGUCGUAUUUUAAGAGGUUUUCUUUGGUAGGAUGGUUUUUACGAUGUUUGUCUGAUGCAAUUCUUGCCUGCAUGUUGAUGAGUCAAAUAUGAAAAUGAAAAUGUAUGUUGUGAUGACCAAAAGUAUUUGAAGAAGUCUCAAUUCUUUUGUGUGUUGCAAAAAAUACAAAUAAAAGAAACUUUUUAUACCUGAUCUGACCAAAACUCUAAAAAAAGAGAAAAAGGUGCUACCAAUUUUGAUUUUAAAAUAAAAUUUGGUUAUAUUUUA